AUGAAGCUGGAAUGGACGGAGGGCGAGGACUACGGUCUGGAGGAAGCCGCUUUCUACGAGGGACCGGCGAUGGCCGCGCCGCCGCCUCGCAAGCACGUCUCGUUCAGUCUGCGGCUUGACCUGUGUGAUGAAGGCGGCGGCAACGGCGAUGCCAUCAAGACCGAACCGCCCGAAGCGGAGGAGCCUCGCACGAUGCGGAAAGUGCCUUCUCUGUCGGACCUCACCGACCCUGAGACGUCAUUGGAUAAGUUAUCGGCUACGUUUCAUAUUACAAUAACGCCAUUAAAACGAAAUAGAUUCGGUGUGCCGAGGUAUUCAGGUGUUACUCUAAUUUGCGUGAACGCGUGGCAAGGUUGGUGUCAGCCUCAAUCGCCCGUAAGACGCAAUAAACGGCGACACAAUCUGCCCUAUCCGGCUAACGGAUCUCCUGCUCACCGAUAA